UUUCUUGUCUUCCAAAACAGAGAAUUUACGAGGACACUCCAAAAAAGUUCAUAAGCCGAGAACAAAUUACUUGUCAGCUGACUAUCGACUUUCCCAUCGAAUCAUCAACGAGUGGAAUUCACUACCUCAGCACGUCGUUGAGGCUCCAUCCGUCGACUCUUUCAAAAGAAAGUUGGAUCAACUGAGAGACCACCAUUGCCAGGACUAACAUAGGCCAUCGAGCCUCCUGUCCUUCCCAAACUGAAACUGAGCUCCCUAUUUUGGGGAAGCCGCCAUAAUAAAUUUCGGGGAAAUGGCACCAAAACCACAAAAUCUCCCUUUAGCCUUGGUAAAGGUCAUUUGACUUUGUGGGUUUCCCCAAAAUUUGGGAUGUAAUUAACUGAGUAACUACACUUUUCUUCAAAGUAAUACAUGGAACUGAGAUAAGUUGACUUAGCAGAAGAUCAGCGCCUCUUUAAAAACAACGUAGACCAAUCAAGUAGAUAUUCUCCAAAUGAAUUAUUCGCUGUUAAAAACUACCCUGCUACCACGAUUCCUGUCUUUAUAAGGUAUUCCUACAUGUGAUGAGAAUCAAACUACAAAAUAAACCCCAACUCAAUUAGUUUAACAUCUUAUUAUUCAUCUGCGAUUUUACUCCCUGAAUAAACUUACCUAAUGUAUCAAGCAAAAGUGACUCCUAAGUUCAUUGUUAUAUUAAGUUCGUUAAACCAUCCCCCUUAAUGUGACUUCCCCUGUGAUUGGUUUAUUGGGAUUCGUGGCACCCGUAUUCUUCAGACAAAGUCUGGGACUUCAUUUCAUUGUCCUAUUAACACAUGAUAUCGGCUAUAUAACAAGAUCCACUCAAUGUUGAUAAAGUAAUAGAUCCGUAGUGUAUGUAUUUUGCUUUCAAUCACGAAGUCAAGAGCUAAACCUGCGUCAUUUGCAGCAACUCAAACACAGCAGACUUGCGGUGUCUGUACAUCCUGAACUUGGUAUUCGUACAUUAGUACCUCAUCAGUCAUACGCUAGAGAUCUUUUGAAUGCUGACUAUGAUGCACGUAGAAAUUACAUCCUCAUCCCCAGGUCAUGUCUUCAAAAUCUGUAAGUUCAUUAUAGCUUUCCUAAAUAAGAAGACCUUGCAACCAGAUUAUAGUGAUUGAAUGUGGGACUGCUACGUAACUGCCCAAAACUUCCAUACGGCUAGUUGUUUCAUCGGCCAUUUCAAAUUGACAGGCAUUUGAUAAAAAGUGACAUUUAAGUACGCAGGAGUAGUGGUUUAGCGUACAAACACCAACCCACCAGUAAACCACCACCCGCUACCGAAGUUUACCUGUUCAUGAAGUGUCAUUAUUCAUUUCAUGCAACAGUUGUAGCUCAGUCUAGUUUAGAGAUCUAUGCACGUCUGCUGAGUCCCGAAUUUCAAACUCGUGUUAUUUGAUUUAAUUUAGAUCCAAUUUAGUUUAAAUCCACGUGUACGCAACUAUCUCUUCCGGAAGCGUUUAUACAGUGUAACCAUGAAAGUCAUGAUUGACAGAAAUCUCAAGUGGCUGAAUAUGCCACUUCCCAUUUCUUUUCCAAAGUAGUGGUUUAGUUAUCAAAAGCGGUUGACUUCGAGCCACAAGUUAGAGGAUCCAAACACCAUUAUACGUAAUCCGACUAGAGCAGUAUAGCCUGAAGCCGAACACUAACUUGUAUCUCAUUCCUGGGUCACUAGUUAGGAAGUCUGUUUGUUGUCCUCUUAUUUUUGUUUAUUUAUACUGUGCACACUAUUUCAUGACUUGAUCACAAGUUUUAAGCGAUAGUAUUUCAUCAAAAAGCGCUACAACCAAACUCCAACGAUAAGAUUGUGAAAGAAAUUAGCAAAACUAGCUGUUUCAGCACCUAACUAAACGUUAGUAUGGAAAUAUUUGCCAUUGGAAAUCAGAUUCACUCUGAUUUAGAAACUAGCAAAGAAUAGAAAAAACUAAAUAAUCCAUUACAUAUAAUAACUGGUUGAAAAUUUAAUACCCACAUUGACAGAACAAGUGUACAACCUGGACAGUCUCAUCAGGGGUUUAAACACUGGUUAUAUAUAUUAAUCUGUCAGAUUUAGAUCACUAACGAUGGGUUCUUUUCUAGACAAACGAAGGGAUGGCACAUAAACAGACACCAAGAGACUUCUUGAAACUCAUAGUCGGGAGACCAGUGGUAGUUAAGCUUAACUCAGGUGCUGAUUACAGAGGUGUUCUAAUUUCUCUAGACGGUUAUAUGAAUGUGGUUUUGGAACAGACCGAAGAAUACGUUGAUGGUCAGUUGAAAAACAAAUACGGUGAUACGUUCAUCCGAGGAAACAACGUUUUUUAUAUUAGCACACAAAAGCGUUGGUGAUGGAUACAAUUUGUACAGGCCUUUUUUAUACGAACAAAUCGCGUGCUGAAUUCGCAAAUAAAUGUGCUUACUUUUGUAUAUUUACGUUUCCUGAAACCAUACUACCAUUCACAAGACUUAGACAACGGAAAGAUAAUAAUUAAUAAAAAUUUUACUACAUAAAAAGCACAUCUUGAUUAUAAAUACAUCUUUCUGAAAAA